CCGAGCCGGGUUGCUAAGGAAGUGAGCGGCCGUGUUCUCUCCCCAUCCGGGGCAGCGGGGAAUGGCUGAGCACGGGGUUCGCCGGCGCCGCCCGCUCUCGGCUGCGGCUGCAGGACCUUAGCAUCCUGAGCCAUUUGGAUUCACAGUCCUCAAGGCUAAGCUGUCAGAGUUCAUCAUGUCCAAGUUAAAAAGCUCAGAGUCAGUCCGGGUGGUGGUUCGCUGUCGACCCAUGAAUGGCAAAGAAAAGGCCGCAUCCUUCGACAAAGUGGUAGAUGUGGAUGUGAAGCUGGGGCAGGUGUCUGUGAAGAACCCCAAAGGCACAUCCCAUGAGAUGCCCAAGACCUUCACCUUCGAUGCCGUCUAUGAUUGGAAUGCCAAGCAAUUUGAACUCUAUGACGAGACGUUCCGGCCACUUGUGGACUCUGUCCUACAGGGUUUCAAUGGCACAAUUUUUGCCUACGGACAAACGGGAACUGGGAAAACCUAUACCAUGGAGGGAGUCCGUGGUGACCCUGAGAAAAGAGGGGUCAUCCCCAACUCAUUUGAUCACAUCUUCACCCACAUCUCUCGAUCGCAGAAUCAGCAGUACCUGGUCAGGGCUUCUUACUUAGAGAUCUAUCAGGAAGAGAUCCGAGACUUGCUCUCAAAGGAUCAGACCAAAAGGCUGGAGCUCAAAGAAAGGCCCGAUACGGGCGUGUACGUGAAGGAUCUGUCUUCCUUUGUCACCAAAAGUGUGAAGGAGAUAGAGCACGUGAUGAAUGUGGGGAACCAGAACCGAUCUGUCGGUGCCACCAACAUGAACGAGCACAGCUCACGGUCACAUGCAAUCUUUGUCAUCACGAUCGAAUGCAGCGAGGUGGGCCUAGAUGGUGAAAACCACAUCCGGGUAGGAAAACUGAACCUUGUAGACCUUGCUGGCAGUGAGCGGCAAGCCAAGACUGGCGCUCAAGGGGAAAGACUGAAGGAAGCAACCAAAAUCAACCUGUCCCUUUCAGCCUUGGGUAAUGUUAUCUCUGCCCUGGUAGAUGGCAAAAGCACCCAUAUUCCAUAUAGAGACUCAAAACUGACUAGGCUUCUCCAGGACUCCCUUGGUGGCAAUGCCAAAACUGUGAUGGUAGCCAAUGUGGGGCCUGCCUCUUACAAUGUAGAAGAGACCCUGACCACUCUGAGAUAUGCCAAUCGUGCCAAAAACAUUAAGAACAAGCCAAGGGUCAAUGAGGACCCAAAGGAUGCUCUGCUUCGAGAAUUCCAGGAAGAAAUUGCUCGGCUCAAGGCCCAGCUGGAAAAACGUUCCAUUGGCAGGAGGAAGAGGCGAGAGAAGCGGAGGGAAGGUGGUGGCAGUGGUGGGGGUGGGGAAGAGGAGGAGGAGGAGGGAGAAGAGGGUGAGGAGGAAGGGGAUGAUAAGGAUGAUUACUGGCGGGAACAGCAAGAAAAACUGGAGAUUGAGAAGCGGGCCAUUGUAGAGGAUCACAGCUUGGUUGCAGAGGAGAAGAUGAGGCUGCUGAAGGAGAAAGAAAAAAAGAUGGAGGACCUGCGACGGGAGAAGGAUGCUGCUGAGAUGCUGGGGGCCAAAAUCAAGGCCAUGGAGAGUAAGCUGCUUGUUGGAGGAAAAAAUAUAGUAGAUCAUACAAAUGAACAACAGAAGAUCUUGGAGCAGAAGCGCCAGGAAAUCGCAGAGCAGAAACGUCGAGAAAGAGAAAUCCAGCAGCAAAUGGAAAGUCGAGACGAGGAGACGUUGGAACUAAAAGAGACUUACACCUCGUUGCAGCAGGAGGUAGACAUCAAGACCAAAAAGCUCAAAAAGCUCUUUUCCAAGCUCCAGGCUGUGAAGGCUGAGAUCCACGACCUGCAAGAAGAACACAUCAAGGAGCGCCAGGAGCUGGAGCAGACGCAGAAUGAGCUCACCAGGGAGCUUAAGCUCAAGCAUCUUAUUAUAGAAAACUUUAUCCCCUUGGAAGAGAAGAAUAAAAUUAUGAAUAGGUCCUUCUUUGAUGAUGAAGAAGACCACUGGAAAUUACACCCUCUCACCAGACUGGGGAGCCAGCAGAUGAUGAAGCGGCCCGUCUCUGCUGUGGGAUACAAGAGACCCCUGAGCCAGCAUGCACGGAUGUCCAUGAUGAUUCGGCCAGAACCCCGAUACAGGGCGGAGAACAUCAUGCUCUUGGAGUUGGACAUGCCCAGCCGGACGACCAGAGAUUACGAGGGCCCAGCCAUUUCCCCCAAAGUCCAGGCUGCCCUAGAUGCAGCUCUGCAGGAUGAAGAUGAGAUACAGGUGGAUGCAUCAUCCUUUGAAAGCACUGCAAACAGAAAACCCAAGGCCAGGCCCAAGAGUGGCAGGAAGUCAGGAUCCUCCUCUUCCUCCUCAGGAAACCCUGCAUCUCAGUUUUACCCACAGUCUCGGGGGCUGGUUCCUAAGUAACCCAGCACCCCCUCCCAGGGUGGGAACAGCAUUGUCUUCUGAGAGAAGAGCGAGCACGAAACUGCAGAGAUGACUUGAGCCUAAACGCAGAACCGUUCCCCUGAGGAGAAGAGAUAGCCUUUUUGCAGAUUAAGCGACUCAUUCUGCCUGAACAUGCUGGUCCUGAUUUGGCACUCAGCUCCUCUGGGACGUGUCCUUGAAUUAGCAUCUCAGAAAUGCAUGGGUAAGGUGAAGUGCAAAGUCCAAGUGGACAGCAAGAGAAUGACCACAGCCUUGCUUUCCUUCUUCCUCCCGUUCCCACCCUCCCUUCCUCUCCUCUCUUCUAGCCUCUUCCUCACACCAGGAUCCCUUCUUGUUACACAAUAUGGCGUCGAGGCCUCCUUAGGACCGUAUGUGAGGAGUCUUGGAGUAAAAUGACAGUGGAGCUGGGAAGUGACAGCCCUAGAACUGCAAUAGGUGCCUGCUUUUGUCAGGUGAAAUGAGAGAUCUCACUUGGAACCAAGUCCUAGGAUGGCACAACCAGCGAGCCAGCUCCCAGGCCCCUCAGAAGGAGUAGAUCUGCCUGUGGAAUCUGUUGAACGGGGCAAUGGCUUCCAGUUCCUGCUCCAGAAGGACUUGGUGUUGGAAGCAAUAGAAAAGACAUUCCCUUUGCCUCCUGGGAGAGUUUGGGGAAAUAGCUUUUUUAAAACCUCAAAACCAUGACCAUCCUGUUAAAGACCUAAGUCUAUAAACCAGUGCCAUGUCCAUCUGCCAUGUCACUUUACUCUUCCUUUGUCACCGUCUUCCUCCAAGUCCACAUGCUGAGUGGGCUCGUGUUGACCCUCCUUCAGAGUGCGCCUACAGAGUGUGCUUCGAGGUGGGUCUCUGUGGGAGGAGGGGUUGGCUCUGCCUUCUCUGAUGGGACUGGAAUUGGGGGCACUUCUGAAUUGCCCAGUUGGGUCCAUGCCGGUCACGGGGGCAGAAUGAGUAGGCAGAUGCAGAGCUGGAGGCAGGAGACUCAGCAGAGGGAAGGGAAGACAGAGACAGUAGCAAAGGGAUCCUGUCUGCCUAGAGCAGAAGGCCCACUGACUGCUGGAGGUAUGCUUCCCCUAGGUGCUGGCAAGAAGAGGCUCUGAGAGAGUAGACUCGGAGGAGAGUUCACACUUCCUGUUUACAUAGAUUAGUUCAGUGUGUAAGUUUUAGUUCUUCAUAUUCUGGCACCUCGAGCUUUAUUUUGGUCAUUAGGUGACAGUUACUCAUCCCCCCUCCCCCCCAAGAGAAAUGCGUGAGCGUGGAGGGCUGUGUGUGCACAGUGAUGUCUGUGCUCUCAUCAUCUGUGAGCGAGACUGAAGACUUGUCAGUUUUAGAAAUACUCCAGCGUGCAGCCUUUGCCUUCGUCUGUGGUAAAGGCCACUGGAUGGCUAAUCAGGCUAGAAGCACGCCCCCAUGUGUGUCUGAGUCCAUGAUCCAAGCCUGAGGGGACGGUCUUGAGUCCGCAAGUCUGCCACACUGGUGCACCUUGCUGGCAUGGUGCCUCAGGAAGAUGGCAACUCAAGUGGGCCUUGGGAUGCAUUUUUAACUCAGCUGCUCAGUCCCCAUAUCAUUUCUGGAUCAGAACCUAUGGGAAGGAGGAGCUAGCACGUGCAAUGUCUUGACAUUCUACAGAAUGGAGAUCCAUUUAUCCCCAUGUUAGUGAUCAUUCUUUCUGAGCCUGGAGCCCUAUUCAGCAGUUCCUAGGGUAUAAUGGAACCUGUCUUUAUCUUUUCUUGGGCUCAAACCCUCCUCCUUAUGUACUAAGAAUUUGCCUGUUUGAAUAGGAACCAAAUGACGAGAUGUGUGGUCUAAGGUGGCUGUCUGCUGGUGACACUGUCUCUCUUACCACAUUUCCACACAGUUAGUCUGAAUUCUGUAGGCUAAAAACAUUCAUGCAGCAAAGCAAAGGAUUGGAAACUUCAGGUAAUACCAUACCUUAAUACUGGUGUCUUGAAGUGGCUAAUAUGUUGGAGGUGGUGGUGGUUAAGUGAUCUACAGAACUUUUCCAGAGAAACAAAAGAAGAAAGCCAGCUGACAGUCAUGAUUAUUAAAGCAAGCUUUGCCCUGUCCCCAGCUGUGUUCCUACAGUGGUCUAUGGAAACCAAGUAGAAGGGCCACCCAUGUGGCAAUGAAGCUGUCUCUUCCCGGGCAGUCUCUGGUGCUUCUCUUCUCUCAACAUGGAUCCGAUAUUGAAAAGAGUAGAUGCUAAAAUGUCUUGCUGCCCCCAGAAUGCUGCUGCUUUGAGUUCUGAAUUGAGCCAAGAGUAGAGAACAUACCAGCUCUCUGAGGGACCAAAGCUUUAUACUGAUAGUUAGCUCGAAUGUUCUGGGAUGCUGGAAGGCCUUCAUGCCUGCAGCAGCUGUUGUAGCCUAGAAGCAAGUCUUUAAAAGGAUCUAAGAAGAUCAUCCGGGAGGUGUUUGCAGCUACGCAUACAAUCCCCACCAGACUCUCUUUCCCUCUCAUCUGUAGAAUGUAUCUGGCUUCAUAUGACACAAUUUCCAGACCCCUAGAUUCAGAAUCAGAGGCCACAAAUCAUAGGCAUGAAGCACUUUCUUAAGACUGACCUGUGUUGAAUUGCCCCCUGUCGGAUGCCUGCAUGCUGCUUAAACUGCUCCACCCACACUUCCAUGACCCAGGGUGCCAGACUGUGGUACAGCUCAGGCGUGGGCCUGUCUGCCCUUCCUUAUCGUAUUAAGUCCUCCCUCACUGAAUGUAGACUCUGCCAAGUUCCUGAGAAGCGUCGACUCCUUGCUAACAUAGGCUAUCCAGUUCUGCCUCACCUUUGCCUCUCGAGUUUGAGGAGCACUGUGAACACCUUGGACCAUCCAGACACCAUCAUGGAUGAAAUGGGCUACUAAUGUACUCUGAAAGCCAUAAAGCAAAGCUCAGAGGGAGCUAGGGAAGAUAGUCAGCCCCACAGUUAUCAUUCAAGUCUUGGUCUGGUACUUUGGGAUUCUGGCACCUUCCUCUCUGUCUGUCUCUUGAAUAAAAAUGCUUCUGAGGUUAUUUAUGAAGGGAAUGAUGUGGGCAGGCAGAAGGCGGGGGCUUGAUGGCUCUUUGGAGUUACUAAUGAUCUUGACCUUCUCUUAGGCUGUCUUUAGACAAAGGAUAUGCCAAUACUUGGGACUUUUAAGUUUUACAAUUGAUAUUUAUUUGUAUUAUCUCUUUGUUUAGCGAUGUAAAAGUGAUUCUAAAAUAAGAUGUGUAAUAAAAAUCAAUCAGAUUUAUUGUAUCUACAGAAAGGUGUCCUUGUAAUUGAUUAGAGCCUUUUAAAGAGACUCGCCAGUAACUGACAUGCGUGGUUUUCUCUCAUGUCGAAGAUGUUGUCGUUAGAGGAAAACAUCAGCACUGAGUUGUAAUACUGACAUCCAAAACGUACAGCAAUGAGAGUGACAGGUGGGGGUGUGGCUUAGUGGUAGAGUUCUUGCCUAACUUGUGCAAGGCCCUGUCUUUGAUCCCCAACAUCAUCAAAGGGAGAGAAGAACAGAAGGAAAGAGACAAAAAAACGUGUGUCAUGUUUUUGUGGCAGUUUCUAACCUGAAGUACUUGGGCCUGGGGCAAGAGGCAUGAAAAUUUUUAACUUGAUAUUUUGUUUUAUAAAGUUGUUUUGAAGAUAUUAUACAUUAUACAGUUUAUUUUAAGACAUACCCAUGUCUCUUUUUUUAAAAAAUGUCAUGAUGUUUAUCAUUAAGAAACCAAAAUAUCAAAAUCGGGCCUCGUGUCUUGCAGAUUCUCAUAUCCCAAGACAUGCUGGGUGAACCUCAGCAGGUCGCACACUUCCUCCAGAGAAAUGGGACCAACAGAAGGAACCUUGGCUUAGUUCCCCUUCUGUUGUGAUAAAAGUCAAUGGCCAGCACAACUUAUAGAAGAUUUUCCUUUGGCUUACAGUUUCAAAGGUGAGAGUUCGUCAGGAAGCUCAAAGAUUAGUCUCAGCCACACAUGGAAGCAGAGAGGAAGAAGUGGAAGUGGGCACGGCUGUAAAUCUUAGAGCCCAGCCCCAGUGACAUAUUUCUUCCAGCCAAACUCCUCAAAGUUCCCAGAGUUCUAAAAGUUCCACAGCUGCCAGCUGGGGACCGUGAGCCUAUGGGGGAUGGUUCUCAUUAAAACCCCCAAAACCCCAGACGUGGGAUUCUUGAGCUGUGUUUGAAUUGUAGCAUUGACUUUGUUCUCUAGCUCAGUGAAUAUGAAGAAUUCUGGAUUUUCUUCUUCUCUGGAUUGUGGAGCCCCUAUCUACGAGUGGGGUGAAAAUAGAGCGGAGCCCUUCUGAAGAUUAGCAAUACAGUGAAAGCAACCAGCACUGUGCGUGCUCCAGAGCCACACUCAACAGUGUGGCCAGUGCCACAAUACGGCCAUCUGCUCAGCAAGAUGUGAUGAGCAGUCUAGAUCCCAGGAAACCAGGAGCCAGUACUGAGCAAACCAGCUUUAUAUUUGAUAUUAGCCAAAGGCUUAGAAACCACCUUUAGCAGACUCUAAAGAAAAGCAGCUAAUCAUUUAACAAGUAUCAAGUACCUACUGUAUACCAAGCCAUCAAGUUUAUAUGACAAGAUCUAACAAGUAUCAAGUACCUACUGUAUACCAAGUGGAACGCUAAGAUGGUUCUUAGCAGAUGGAAAAGGGGCAGUGCUUGUACUUCAAAGGGGAAGUGUUAACCAAAAGAAUAUAAUAGAGGCUUUAAUUCCAGCACUCAGGAGGGAGAAGCAGGUAGAUCUCUGUGAGUUCAAGGCUAGCCUGGUCCACAGGGCGAGUUCCAGGAUAGCCAGACCUUGUCUCAAAAACAAACCAACAAAAAACAAAAUAACAACCACAAAAAAAACCAGAAUUUUCAUCAAUUCCAUGAAGUACAUGGCAAUAUAAAGUACAAUUAGUAAUAGAGGGUGGGCUUCUGAAGAACCAGAGCGACAGCGGGGUCUAGAGUGCACAAGUGAGCAGGACGAGGGAAGAAGGAGAGAACUGGUGACCAGGCGGGAACAGCACUUGUGACAGCCUUGUGAAAGAAAGUUCUGUCGCACUGCUGGUGGUGCCGAGGCUCAUGGGCAGUCCUGGCACGUGCUGAGCCAGCACUCUUCCACGAGCUGCCACCUCUCAUCCCCUGCAGUCCUUCAUCCUCACCAGAGGGAAGUAUGCAGAACUCUUCAGAAAGGUUAAGCAGCAUACAACCCUCAGAAUACCAACAUGAAGUUCACACGUGAGCUGGAGAGAUGGCUCAGCAAUCAAGAACACUGCUGCUCUUUCAGAGGUCCUUUGUUUGAUGCCCACCACUCAAAUGGUGGCUCAGAACUGUAACUCUAGUUCUGGGGGAUCCAGUGCCCUCUUCUGGCCUCCACAGGCACUAGGCACACAGACAUACAUGUAGGCAAAAUGCCUACUAACAUAAAUUAAAAUAUUCAUACAGCACUAAGACAAUGA